CCCCAGCUUGUAUAACACCCGCAGGGCCGCGUGGUUAUCAGCGGUCGCACGCAACAACGCUGCUCUCGGUACCGGCCCGGAUAAUCCUAAGGAUGCGGCGGGGGCAAGGGAAGCGAAAGGCUGAGGUCACGGAGCUGCCACGCGUGUCUAGGAGGAGGAAGGAGGAAGAGGAGGUGGUGCAGGAGGCCCGGCGGAGGGCGGCCCCGUCCGUGAGGGAGUUCAACUACAACAAAAAGCGGGUUCGCCUUGUCUCGCAUGGCUUGGACCUGAAGGAUGAUGCUCGGUGCAUCCUUUACUGGAUGUCCCGGGACCAGCGGGUACAAGAUAACUGGGCUUUCCUCUACGCCCAGCGCCUGGCCCUCAAGCAGGAGCUGCCUCUGCAUGUCUGCUUCUGCUUGGUGCCCAAAUUCCUGGAUGCCACCAUCCGCCAUUACGGCUUCAUGCUGAGGGGCCUGCAGGAGGUGGCUGAGGAGUGUGCGGAGCUGAACAUCCCCUUCCACUUGCUGCUGGGCUAUGCCAAGGACGUGCUGCCCACGUUCGUGGUGGAGCAUGGCGUGGGCGGGCUGGUGACAGACUUCUGCCCCCUCCGCAUCCCCCGGCAGUGGGUGGAGGAUGUCAGGGAGCGGUUGCCAGAGGAUGUGCCUUUUGCGCAGGUUGAUGCCCACAACAUCGUGCCGUGCUGGGUCGCCUCCCCCAAGCAGGAGUACAGUGCCAGGACCAUCCGGGGCAAGAUCCACGCUCAGCUCCCCGAGUUCCUCACCGAGUUCCCCCCUGUCAUUCGUCACCCAUAUCCUCCAUCCUGCCCAGCAGAGCCCAUUGCUUGGGAGGCCUGUUAUUCCAGCUUGCAGGUGGACCGCACCGUGAAGGAGGUGGAGUGGGCAACCCCUGGCACGGCUGCGGGGCUGGCUGUACUGCAGUCCUUCAUCAUGGAGCGGCUGAAAUCCUUCGGCUCCCACCGGAAUGACCCCAACAAGGCAGCACUCAGCAACCUGUCCCCAUGGUUCCACUUUGGCCAGGUUUCCACCCAACGAGCCAUCCUGGAGGUGCAGAAACACCGAGGCAAGUACAAGGAGUCGGUGGACGUGUUCGUGGAGGAGGCCGUGGUGCGGCGGGAGCUGGCUGAAAACUUUUGUUACUACAAUGAGAACUACGACAGCGUGCAAGGUGCCUACGACUGGGCACAAACCACCCUGAAGCUUCACGCCAAAGACAAGAGGCCUUUUCUUUACAAGCUGCAGGAGCUAGAGCAGGGGACCACGCAUGACCCACUCUGGAACGCUGCCCAGCUCCAAAUGGUCCGGGAGGGCAAGAUGCAUGGCUUCCUGCGCAUGUACUGGGCCAAGAAGAUCCUGGAGUGGACCCGCUCCCCUGAGGAGGCCCUGCGGUUUGCUAUCUACCUCAAUGACCGCUAUGAGCUGGAUGGGAGGGAUCCCAAUGGAUACGUUGGCAAGUUGCACGAGGCGGGCAGGGGGCGGCGGGUCUUAUAUCUGAUGGCCAAAGCAGUGGGGAGGGGGGGAGAAGGCUCUCUGUGGACAACCCAGCCCAUGCUCCAGCCUGUCCUGCUUUGCAUCCAUAUCCCACCUGCUCUCCAGAUGCCUCCAAGCACAGGGGAGAGUUGACGCUCUGUCCCCAUCCCCGGCAGGCUGCCUCUGGUCCAUCUGCGGCAUACACGACCAGGGUUGGGCAGAGCGGGCCAUCUUCGGGAAGAUCCGCUACAUGAACUAUGCCGGCUGCAAGCGCAAGUUUGAUGUGGGCCAGUUUGAGCGUCGCUACGCCCCCCGCACGCCCUCCCAGUGACAGGCACAGCAGGGCUUGAGAUUGCUUGUCCCCCUCCGUGUUGGGGUGGACGUGUCUUUGCCAAGGUGCGGGCUCAUACCUCAAUGCCUGGCCAGGGAUCGCCCCAUAACAGCAGCAAGCCCCGGGGUUUUGCAGGUUUCUUUUCUCUGCCAUCAGCCCCUGCUCAGCUGGGGCCCCGGGGGGCCUGUGCAGGGCCCUCCUGCUGCCACAGGUUCGCUGGCGGCUGUGAGAGCCCAUCCUCAGUGUGCCCACGCCUGCCAGACACCUUUUCUACAGCCACUAUGCUGAGGUGUAAGCCCAAGUUGCCGUUGUUGCUGCUAACCACAGCUUAGCUUUAGGCUGAGCAGGGCUUUUCUGGGGAAAAAAAAAACCCAGAAACCAGCUUCUCAUGCCGUGCUUCCCACAGGGAAGUCCUGCUUUGUUCUGUGCAGAGCCAGCGCUGGGCUGGGCUUGCACGUGCAUCCUUCAAUGUUGUUUUAAAGUUUACAGUUUGUAUCUCCUA